UCAGAAACAGAAUCCUCUCAGUCCUCUACAUUUCUCUGUAAACUCUCUCUCUCUCUCUCUCUCUCUCUCAGGUAUCACUUCAGCUUCCAUAAUCGAAGAGAGAAGCUCUCUCUCCGGCAGUAGAACUCGCUCCAGCCUCUUGAAAUUUCCUCUCUCGUUCUCUGUCCAAGUCGGAAGUUCUCUCUUACUGUCGAACGUGACCUGGUGGCCUUUCCUCUCUUGGACGAGUUAUUGCUUCUCUUAGUGUUCCUCUGUCAUUGCCGGACGCCGAUGAGGUCGCCUGAGUUCACAUUUGUGGCUUGUGUGUGACGGCCAUCUCUCCAUUCAUCAUCAGCCUUCACCUCUCGAUGUUUGAUCAAAUUCUCCACUGAAGAGUUGAUCUAAAUAAUGGAGGUAAAGCCAAAGAGGAGAAGUGCUGCAGAGAAUGGGGAAACUGCAGAAGACAUGGUCCUUGCCACAUUAAUUGGGAAUGGGGAAGAUCUUUCUCCAAUUGUGAGACAUGCAUUUGAAAUGGGGCGUCCAGAAACUCUCCUUCAUCAGCUGAAGUAUGUUGUAAAGAAGAAAGAAGUUGAAAUUGAGGAGUUGUGCAAGACUCACUACGAGGAAUUUAUUCGUGCAGUUGAUGAACUUCGUGGCGUAUUGGUUGAUGCUGAAGACUUGAAGGGUGAACUAUCUAGUGACAAUUUUAAAUUGCAAGAGGUAGGGAGUGCUCUCUUAGUCGGUCUUGAAGAGCUGCUUGAAUGUUAUUCUAUAAAAAAAAAUGUGACUGAAGCCAUCAAAAUGUCCAAGAAUUGUGUUCAAGUGUUGGAUCUAUGUGCCAAAUGCAAUGAUUAUAUCUCCAAAGGCCAGUUUUACCCUGCAUUGAAAACUAUCGAUCUGAUUGAGAAGAAUUAUUUGCAGAAAAUUUCUGUCAAGGGACUAAGAAUGGUCAUUGAGACAAGAAUUCCUGUGAUUAAAUCUCAUAUUGAGAAGAAAGUGUUUACUCAAUUUAAUGAAUGGCUUGUUCACAUUAGGAGUUCUGCUAAGGUUAUUGGGCAAACAGCUAUUGGUCAUGCAGCAACUGCUCGACAAAGAGAUGAGGAAAUGUUAGAACGUCAGAGGAAAGCUGAGGAACAGAGCAUUUCAGGUCUUGGAGAUUUUGUGUACACUUUAGAUGUUGAAGAUAUUGAUGAGGACUCUAUUCUAAAGUUUGACCUGACACCUCUUUAUCGGGCAUAUCACAUUCAUACAUGCCUUGGAACCCAAGAAAAAUUUUGUGAAUAUUACUAUAGGAAUCGGAUGCUGCAACUUAAUUCAGACUUGCAGAUUUCCUCUAGUCAGCCUUUUGUCGAAUCCUAUCAGACAUUUUUAGCUCAAAUUGCAGGAUAUUUUAUUGUGGAGGAUCGUGCCAUGAGAACUGCUAGAGGGCUAUUAUCAGCUGAACAGGUCAAUGCAAUGUUAGGAACUGCUGUUGGCAAGUUGACAUCAGUGCUGGAGGAACAGUUUUCCCUCAUGGACUCAGCAACCCACCUUCUCCUGGUGAAGGAUUAUGUCACUCUUUUGGCAUCUACUCUUAGAAAAUAUGGGUAUGAAGUUGGCCCGGUUCUUGAGGCUCUCGAUAAAAGCCGCGACAAAUACCAUGAGCUUCUUUUGGAAGAGUGUCGUCAACAGAUAGUGGAUGUUCUUGCUAAUGACUCUUAUGAGCAGAUGGUUAUGAAAAAAGAUAGUGAUUAUGAAAACAAUGUUCUCUCCUUUAAUCUCCAGACUUCAGAUAUAAUGCCUGCAUUUCCGUAUAUGGCACCAUUUUCUUCCACAGUUCCUGGUGUCUGCCGCAUUGUGAGGUCCUUCAUUAAAGGGUCUGUUGAUUAUUUGUCGUACAGUGUGCAUUCUAAUACUUUUGAUGUUGUGAAGAAAUAUUCAGAUAAGUUCCUAACUGACGUUUUAAAUGAAGCAAUACUAAAUACUAUUUAUAGCAGUUCCGUUGGUGUUUCUCAAGCCAUGCAAAUUGCUGCAAAUAUAACUGUUCUGGAAAGAGCCUGUGACUUUUUCCUUAGUUAUGCAGCUCAACUAUGCGGGAUGCCUGCUGGAUCAGUAGAAAGGCCACAAGCUAAUUUUGCUGCUAAAAUUGUUCUCAAAACAUCAAGAGAUGCAGCUUAUAUUGCAUUGUUGAAUUUGGUGAACGCCAAAUUAGAUGAGUUUAUGGAUCUUACAGAGAAUAUUAGUUGGACUUCUGAGGAGGUUGCUGCAAGUACGAAUGACUAUGUACAUGACGUGCUUAUCUAUCUUGACACUAUAAUGUCCACUGCACAGCAGAUUUUACCUUUAGAAGCCUUAUAUAAGGUUGGGAGUGGGGCGCUCGAACACAUAUCAAACUCUAUAUUUUCAGCUUUUCUUAGCGAUAGUGUCAAAAGGUUCAAUGCUAAUGCAGUCAUGGCUAUCGACAAUGAUCUAAAGGUGCUGGAAACUUUUGCUGAUGAGAGGUUCGAAAGUACUGGAUUGAGUGAAAUGUACGAAGGAGGUAGUUUUAGAAACUGCUUGGUGGAAGCCCGGCAACUUAUUGACCUCUUGCUGAGCAGUCUGCCUGAGAACUUCAUGAAUCCUGUGAUAAGAGAGAAGAAUUACAACAUGUUGGAUUCCAAGAAGGUGGCUAGUAUAUGCGAGAAAUUCAAAGAUUCUCCAGAUGGGAUCUUUGGGAGCCUUUCAAGCAGAAAAACGAAACAAAGCACUCGGAAAAAAUCAAUGGACACGCUGAAGAAAAGACUGAAAGAUUUCAACUAAGAAGGCUUGAAGAUUGUCUGCAAUAGUUGUAACUUGUAAGAACUCAACUCUCUUCCAUAUAUUUAUUCAAUACCUGUACAAUUUUUUCCCUGCUAUCUUCUGUUUAGAUGAUUUGUCUUGUAUUAUUUCCUGCCCAAUUUUUUCAUUUGAUCAUGCGUGUUUCAUCUUCA